UCCGCUAGCAAAUUCUUCUUAAAAGAAAAAUGGCUUUCAAAUUCAAUUCUUUUCUUUUUGUGACUCUCUCAAUUGUAGUGGUUGCUUCCACCUUCUCCUAUGUUUCGGCUCGCACAUCGAAUACUUUAGUUCCGUCCCCAUCAGCAGAUGAUUGGCAAUCCAUAAAAGAUCUAAAUGAUCCUAAAGUGAUAGACAUUGCAAAUUUUGCAAUAAAAGCGUACAACGAUAAAAUAGAAGGUUCGGACUUGAAGCUUAAGAAGGUGUUGAAGGGAAAAUUUCAAGUAGCUGCUACUGGCAUUACUUAUCAAUUGUUUAUUGCUGCCACGGACGAAGAUUUCGCCGAUGAGGAUAUAGCGGUUGUUUUUAAAAAUUCUAAGGACAAUGUUAGAAAACUCAUUUCUUUUGAAAGUUUGCGUAACAAUUAAGUGUUAUAAGCAUCUAAUACCCAUUAUUAAAGAAUGAAAUA